AUGCUGUUGGCUAGGACCCUGCAGAAGCAGGGCCUGGCAUGCUUUUACAACAAUAAUGCUCAGCUGGUAGCCUGGGCAGAUGUUGUGUUCCUCUGCUGCCUCCUGUCACACGUGCUGUCCGUCUGCUCUGUCAUUCGGCCUGACAUCCAGAACCCCUGUGUUGUGUACAACCUUGUCACUGCCGUUCCUCUCCUCAGGUACAACAGACCAUUAUAUUUCAAAGCCCAGAUGUGCUGCUAUCCUGCCAUUGUAAGGCUGCAGCACCAGUGCCCUGCUCAGGAGCCUAUGAUCCACGAGUGAGGGGUGAAAGGGACAGACCCUGCUGCUGUGCGGGCAACAUGCCUCUGCAGUGCCCCAGGGAAAAUAGGAGUCAAUGCAGAAUGGCUGGUGACUGUUUUCUCUGCAGCCCUGAAGAGCAGCACGUGGCAGAGCCUGCCUCCCCAGAAGGCACUGAAAUUACUCAAUGACCUCUGUUUCCCUGAAUGCUGACCCAUCUAUGCAGAGCACAAAAGUUCCUGCCCACGGUUUGUGUGCAGGAGUUUUGUCAGCAAAGAUUUUGCCUCUUCAGUGACUUGAGAGGAAACCUUUCCCUGGUUUGACCUGACAGCUGCACCUGAGUCUCCCUUCAGCCAGCUGCUGGAAUUGAGUAAGCUCAUCCAGAGACAUCUUGCUUUACUAUACCAGGCAUCCUUUGGAGACUGGCCUACAAAGCAAGGUGGGCCUAUAGGCACCAAGACAUCUCUUCCUUCAGCUGUAGUGGAGACUGGUGUGAGGGAUGAGAGGACCUCAUUCUCCACAGCUGCUUCCAACAUUUUCUCAGAAAGUCCAGAGGAAACAACUAUUAUUCUAAAUCCUCAUAAACUCUAA